AUGAUUGGCAUCAAGGAAUCUACACAAUUUUUUUGAAAAUACAACAUAAAAACGACUAAAAUAUACGCCGCUGUUAAUAACAUUUGAACAACAUGUUAAGUUAACAGACAACAGCAGCGACAUCCAAAAAAUCUUUUUCUGACGCGUUUUUUUUUCUCUCCCGUCUUAAAUUUACAUUACAUCGAAGAUGAAUGAGAGGAGUGGAUACUCCAUACAAACAAUAUGCCGAAUCUGCUUAAAUCAUUUGCGAAACGAUGCCGCCUACGAUUUGUUUUUGGUCCCAGGUCUGGCCAAGAAACUGUGUGUGUGCACAUCUCUGUCAGUGGAGCAGCAGGAUGGUUUUCCGAUGAAUCUGUGCACCAAUUGCUACACCCGGCUUAACGACUUGCACGACUUUCAGAAGCUAUGCGUUGACUCUGUUCAAAGAUUUCAAGAAAUGGUCGCCAACAAUGUCUUCACUUCAACAGUGGCUCAAAUCAAUCAAAUCAACAACUUUGACGUUCUGAAUGUUGCGACACAGGAGGGAGAUUUGGUUGGCGAAGAAGAGGAUCGUAUUAACUAUGAUCCGUUGUUGAAUCACAAGAUGGAGAUUAUAGAGAAUGAAGAGGAUGUCUUCAAAAUGCUGGAGCACGUGGACAAGGAGGCAGAGGAGGUUGAGAAAGAAGUUAAACAAGAUGUUGAAGAUCAGUCUGGGAUCCUCCAAAUGUUUGGCGAUGAGUCCUCAAUGGCAAGCAGCAACGACGACAAUGACAAUGAUAAUGAUAUAGACUUUGAGCCAAACAGCACGGAUGGCGACGACGACAUGCCCCUGGCUCAACGACUACGUGGUAAUCCAAGGAACUUCGGCAAAUCUAGUGCAAAAAGACCUUCCGACAGUGUAGAGCUGGAAGAUGACUACAGUUCAGCAUCGGAUGAAAAUGGCUCUAAAUCAAGAACAAAGCGCAAACGAAUACCAGCAGCUGAACGGCAUUUGCAUCGCAUCAUCGACUGUCAUAUCUGCCAUCAGAAGUUCAAGAAGGCAAUCCGCUACGAGGAGCAUAUGAAGCAUCAUAAUGACUUGCUGCCGUUCCAGUGCAAAGUUGACUCCUGCAGAAAGGGCUUCACAACGGCCGGUGGACUGCGGCUGCACGUCGAUCAUGCGCAUACAGAGCUGUCCGAGGUGCAUGCCUGCAGCGUCGAGGGAUGUGGCAAGACGUUUCCGCGCAUUCGUCUACUUACCUUCCACAUGAAGAAAGUGCACAACAUAUCAAAGGCAGCAGCACCACCCAGAGACUAUCCCUGCACGGAGUGUGAAAAGGUGUUCCGCUGUCCCAUGGCCUUGAAGAAACAUAUGUAUAAGCACGACGGCAAGGAGCUGCCUUUCCCUUGUAAUAUAUGCGGCAAACGUUUUGUGAUCAACAGUGCACUCAAAGACCAUCUGAUGCGGCACGCUGGCAUCAAGAAUUACGUGUGUCCCUACUGUGGUGUUGGUAAGACCACACGGCAAGAGUGGAACACACACAUUCUGACGCACACCCAGGAGAAGAAGUUCAAGUGCCAUAUAUGCGAGCAUGCCUCGCACAACAAGCAAAGUCUGGCCAACCACAUUAAGAUUGUGCACGAGAAGAUUAAGAACUAUGCCUGUCAGUAUUGUGGCAAGACCUUUGGCAAGUCGCACGCCUGUAAAAUUCACGAGAUGACGCACACCGGCGAGAAACGGUGCGAGUGCAAAGUCUGCGGCAAGAAGUUCCUUUAUCCAAAGAGCCUCACAAAGCAUUUGAAGACGCACGAGAAGCGCGUGCUACGCGCUAUCGAGACUUAUCGCCAACGGCAGGUGGAGCUGGGUGAAGUGCCCACGAAUAGCGGGGAGCCAACGGAUAUUGCGGCUGCCGUUACACCCGUUGAAACUCCCACAGCUACGGAAGCAGCUGAUGUGAUAAUUUCCCAAAAUGCAGCCGAUGAAUUGCUUAAGGUGUGCGCCGAAUCGGUGGCCACGAUACCCAGAGAUCCGAGGCGAGUGCAGCGCGUGGACAUAGCUCAACUUGCUGGUACGGCAGUCAAUCCAAUACCAUCUGUGUCAGUGCCCUCCUGGUCGCCCCAAGUCAAUUUUACUAAGAAGGAAGGCAAGCACAUUUGCCCCGGCUGUGGGCAGGGCUUCAACAACAUUGGCAAUAUGAAGCGACACUACAAGAUCAUACACGAGAAGGUCAAGGAUUUCGCCUGUCGUUUCUGCCCCAAGCGCUUCGCGAAGGCGCAGACGCUGCGUCAUCACGAGUGGAUACACACGGGCGAGAAACCGUUCGAGUGCAAGACAUGCGGCACACAUUUCCGGCAGGAGACGGCGUUGAAGCGACAUCAAAGGACGCACGAAAAUCGCCCACCAGUCAUAUCAUCCAAGUUCUAUGCCGCGCGCGAGGAGCUGGAAGAACAGGAGCGCACAAAGCGCGAAGCCAGGCGCAAGGCUGAAGCGAAACGCAAAGAAAUUGCUGAGGCCGCUAAGGAGCAACUCUCGUCGCUGCACAAGAUUGAGGCCACCGACAAGAAUCUGCACUCGUAUGACGAGUACCAAGAGGCUGCCGCAGAGCGAGCAGCGGCUUCAGCUGAGUUGCAGGCACAACAGUUUGAGGAGAACGAACUGAAGCGACGAGCGGACAUGGAGCGUCUCAAAAUACAAGAAGCCGCCUACGAGCAGCUGCAAAAGCUACAGAAACAACAGGAAAUCGAAAAGGCGCAAAGCUCCUACGAUGGUUACUAUGCGCAAAAGGCAUCCGCCGAUGGCACCAACCUGGACGAUCUAAAGAUAGACCACGUUUGAAAAUAAGGUGUUUGAUAAGAUUUUGAAAAUGUUAUCAAACAGAAAAGGGCUGAGAGGAAGUACAUGUAGAACUGCAAAUAUAUAAGUUAAGCUGAAUCGUUUUCAAAAAGCAAUACUUUAUAAUCCUUAUAAGUAGAGAUACUUUUAGACUUAAGCAGGUUUAUAUUAUAAAAGUUUACCUA